AUGAGCGCCCCUCAGAGAUGUGCCGCUGUUGUCGUGGGAGCAGGUCCCGCCGGGUUAGCGGUGAUGGGUAACCUCCUAGAGAAGCAGCUUGGUGGUAAAAUCGUCUGGGUCGACCCUUAUUUCCAAGGAGGCCGUGUAGACCGCAAAUAUCGUGAGGUGCCAAGUAAUACCAAAGUGGCUCUCUUCCAGGCAUUUGCUACGGCGGUCCAGCCGUUCCGCUCCGUUAUCAAUAGCACGCGUAUUCCCAAUGCAUUCUCGACCAUGGCCAAGCUCGAUCAGGAGAAGACAUGCCAUCUCCAUCAUGCCGCAGACAUAGUCAAAGCUCUUACUGAUGGUCUCCUGAAGAUGGACCAGGUGCACGCUUGUCGCGGCCAUGUCACGGCUGCCAAUUUAGACAAUGCACGCUCGUGGACCGUUCGAAUCAAGCACCUCGACUCUCUCGAUGAAGUCGAGGUCAAGACCUCGCGCCUGAUUCUCUGCACCGGAUCGUCCCCCACAGAAGCCCCGGUUCCAGUUUCCGAAAACAGCGUCCAGAGGCUCCAUCUCGACGUAGUCCUCAAGCCCAGCGAGCUGGCCUCAACCCUCCCUCACGACACACCCUGCACCGUCGCCGUAAUCGGCGCCUCACACAGCGCCAUCCUGGCCCUCCUCAACCUGGUCGAUCUCGCGCGCACUUCGCACCCGCACCUGCGCAUCAAGUGGUUCACCCGCCACCCCCUCCGGUAUGCCGAGUACAUGGACGGCUGGAUCCUCCGCGACAACACAGGCCUCAAGGGCCGCGCUGCCGACUUUGCCCGCCAGCAACUCGAAGACACCGCGCUCCCAACCUCCGAAGCCGGCCAGUUCAUCACCAAGAUCGACUGCUCCGCAGACCAAGAAACUGCCCAAUACCACGAGCAUCUCCCCUCGUGCUCGUAUUUCGUCCAGGCUAUCGGGUACACCCGCGACCCACUCCCAGAGCUCUCGCUCAACGGCUCCCUGCUAUCGCCCGAGCUCAAAUGGGACUCGAGCAUUGGCGGGUUCACGGACGCCCAGGACCGCGUGGUCCCCGGUCUGCACGGCGCGGGGAUUGCGUUUCCCGAGCGUGUCGUCGACCCCUGCGGAAACGUCGAGCAUGCCGUUGGGUUUUUCAAGUUCAUGAAGUUUCUGAAGCGGGUUUGUCCGCAAUGGGCGGCGGCUGCUGCUUGA